GUGGGGUUUCAAACUGGACUAAUUAUUUUAGACCUCUGAUAUAAUGAAGAAAAUGUUUCAGAUAUGUGCGUUUUGCUGUUUGUUCUGUUUCCAACUGAUUGGUGUAUUUGCUGAUGAUGAAGUGAAGUCAGUAUCAGUGAUGGAAGGGAAAUCUGUCACUCUAAACAUUUCUGUUACUGAAAUAAAGAGCAUUACUAUGAUCAUGUGGAAGUUUGGAUCUAACGAAUCACUCAUAGCUAAAAUCAGUAAGUUCAGUAAGAUCACUGUAUAUGAUAACAGACUAAAGCUGGACAAUCAGACUGGAUCUCUGACCAUUACAAACAUCAACACCAUAGACUCUGGACUUUAUAAAGCAUUCAUCACCUGCAGCAGCUGCAAAAAGACCACACACACAUUCAAUGUUACUGUCUAUGCUUGUCUGCCUGUUCCUAACAUUACCAGAGACUGUUCAUCAUCAUCAUCAUCUUGUUCUUUGUUGUGUUCAGUGGUGAAAGUGAGUCAUGUGACUCUCUCCUGGUACAAAGGAAACAGUUUAUUGUCCAGCAUCCGUGUUUCUGAUCUCAGUAUCAGUCUCUCUCUACUAGAGGCUGACAUUUUUUCGGGAAUCCCGCGGGUCACGGGAAUCCCGCGGGAUGGGAAACAAAAUCAGUAAUAAUCACGGGAUUGGGACGGGAUAGGAAAAAAUGUCAGCGGGAGUGGGCGGGACCGGGAAUCGUAACGCUAUGAAACCCAACUUUAUACACAAAUAUACCUUUUAUAUAAAUAAACUAUAAACGAUAUAUUGUAAUUUUGAACUUAAUUCUAGUUGACCUGUCUCUUUAUGCUCUCCUUCUGUAUGCUUUGGUGUGGCUGGUUAAGCAAGUGAGUUCAUGACGGACAAAUCGUUAACGACUGGCAAUACAGCAGGAUAUCCAAACGCUCACCUAUCAUUCAUCGACCAUAUGGCUUUUCAUCUGAAAGAUGUAUGUAGAAAAAUGUAAAAAAAAAAAAAAAAAAAAAAACUA